AUGCCCACUCUGCAAUACAUGUCAGACCUGCACUUGGAGCGCAUCAAGUACGACUUCACCAUCACCAAAGUCGCCCCAAUACUAAUUCUGGCGGGCGACAUUGGGCGCUUUUGCGAUUAUGAUCUAUACCGCGAUUUUCUCGCCAGACAGUGCGCGCCUGACCAAUUCGACAUGGUACUGCUCGUAGCUGGGAACCACGAGUUCUAUGGCUCCUCAAGAGAAACUGGCUUGGCCGCUGCAGAGAAAUUGACCAAAGAACCCUCGAUGCAUGGGAAGCUGCAAUUUCUCAAUCGUAGCAGAAUCGAUCUGCCUGGUUCUCUCACAACGAUCCUUGGAUGUACGCUUCAUUCACAUAUCGCGGCUGGUUAUACGAAGCUUACGAAUGAUUUCGCCCGUAUCAAAGAGUGGUCCGUCAAAAGCCACAACGUGGAGCAUGAAACAGAUCUUGCCUGGCUCAAGCACUCCCUUCUCAACUUAAAGCAGGAAGAUCCUCAGCGACGUGCCAUAAUCAUCACUCACUAUGCUCCAUUGUUCGAUCGGGUUUCCCAUCCCAAGAACGAAAACAACGCCGUCAGUCAGUGUUUCAGCAGCAACGCUCUCGACAGUAUACAACGGGCAGGUUUGGUACCUUCACUUUCUUCUACUCACUGGAUCUUCGGCCACACGCACUGGAACGUCAGAUUAAAGCGCGGAAACUUUGUCGUUCUCAGCAAUCAGCUAUGCAACGACGACAAGAAUCUGACUUGGUAUCAGAAGUUGAGGCUUUUCCGGCCAUACAACCCUAGUGCUACAAUUGUGACUUGA